GUGUUGUGAUUUUGCAUAGUUUUAGCUUUGUUAUUUCAUAUAUAUUCAUGCAUUAACCUUACAUUUAUUUGCAUUUAGAGUCUAUUGCAUGUACAUUUUCAUCUUGUAGGUGUUGGAUGAAUUGUUUGGAGUUUUGGAGGUGAUUAGAGCACAAAAGGAGCUUUCGAGGAGUCUUGAACCGAACGUGUGAAAGACAAGCAUGGAUGAAGGUCUUAAAGAUAUCUUUUGAAACUUGUCUUUUGGUAAGACAUGGUAAAUUGAGUUAGCUUUACAAUGGAGGUGGUUUCAAGUCGUUUGGAGCUGUAUUGAGGGAUUUAUGAUCAAAAUACUACACACAUAUCAGUGUGUGCAACAUGGAGAAAGUGGAGAAAACUUUAAUGAGUGAGUUUUAUCUCUUUAAAGCUUGCAACAUGGGGGAUGGGUUGUCUAUCAUGAGUUUGGUGGCUCUUUUGGCCUAACUUUCUCUACCUUUUCUGAAGAGGCAAGACUACUUUGGCCAUAUGAAGGGGCAAAAGGUGUUCUAUAAUGGAAGAAAGUGGAGAAUAACUUUUAUGAGUGUGUUUUAUGCUUUAUGCUUUCACAUGAUGGAUGUGUUGUCAUCCUCCUUUACUUAGGCUAUAAAAGAGACUGCAAGGGGAAGGAGGAAGACACAAUACACAAAGUACAAUACAACAAAGAGUAGAGAGUGAAAGUUUUAUAGUUUCAUAUUUUGUAUUUUGAGAGUUUGAGAAAAAACAUUUGUUCUUGGAGUGUUCUUGAAGUUUAUGUUAUAAAGUCUUGUUUUCCUUUAGCCAUUCUCUUCAUCUAAUUUCUGUUUUUCUUGUUUUCAUAUAUCAUAUCAUCUUGGGUAUGCUUCUAUCCAUCAUGGGAUUAAGUGUAAACAAGAUGAUUAGUGAGUAAUCACCCUUAGGAUCAAUGGGUUAGGUAGAUUAAUGGGUGAUUAGGGAAGAGUUAAGGUGUUCUAAUGGUUAAAUGCUUAGAUUUCUAUGCUUACUAAGUAUUCUUAAUGCUAGAUUAAUUUUGGCCAUUUUAAUCUAGAUUCUAAGUGUUUGUAGGGCAUCGAAAGUGUUUGCAUAAUGCUUGAAUGGACCUAGUAAAGCUCUAGCUUGAAUAACCAAGGAAUUGUUGUUAGGAUUGCUAGAUGGUUAGUAGACUAGAACUUAAUGUAUGUUUGAGUGAACAAAACGAACGGAAGUUGAUGUUUAGUUCAUAAUUGCAUAAGGGUUUCUACCACGGGAGUGGAUUAAUCUAAAUUGAAUGAAAUCUAGACCUAUAGAAAGUUAAGAUUAUUUGAAGUUAGACGCCUUGAUUUAGAACUAUCACCUUGAAAUCAAUUGUCUAUAUACCCAUUGGUUCUUCUUUGUUAUAUUUGAAUUAAAACUCAAGUUAUUUCGCACUAUUACUUGUUACAAACAAACAUCAUUUGAUUGCACUUAGAUUGAGAUAAAUGGCUUGCAUUCUUAGUGCUUAGAAUCACUAGAGAUUGGAUUGACAUCUUAAGUACUACAACACUUAAGGAUUAAACUUAUCCUUUAUCAAGUUUUGGCGCCGUUGCCAUUCUCUAGAUUGAUUUUGACAUUAGGAUUUGGUCAUUACUUGAGACUAAGUCUUAUUUUUCAUUUUUAAGUUACUAAUUAUCUAUCUUCAUCUCUAUUUGGAUGACAGGUGCAUGAACUUGAGAAGCAAAGGAUCAACAAAUCUUGCACCAAGAGUGGACAACAUCAAAGCCUUAGAAAGAGAGUUGGGAAGACAGAGAAGAGAAAGAGAAAAGCAAGCCCACUUACAUAGAUUGGGGCUUGAGAUGGAGAGAAACCCGAAUCAACCGGAAGGUGUCUAUGAAGUUGAUGAUCAUAGACAAAAUGUCCAAGGAGUUCCUCCUGGAGCUGCUCAAGAGGAACAUGGCCAAGGAGCUGCAAACCUUAGGCCUCAAAAUCAACAACGCCUGGGAAGAUCCAUUGGCACUUAUGAUCAACCUAACAUAAAUGGGAAUAGGUUGGGCAUUAGGGCACCGCCAGUUGCCAACAACAAUUUCGAGAUCAAGUCAAGCCUCAUCAACAUGAUUGAAAACAACAAGUACCAUGGACUUGCCUUGGAAGACCCACUAGAUCACCUUGACAGAUUUGAUAAGUACUGUGGCUUGUCAAAAACAAAUGGAGUUUCAGAGGAUGCUUUCAAGCUCAGAUUGUUUCCCUUCUCUUUGGGAGACAAGGCUCACACUUGGGAGAAAAACAUCUCAAGUGAUACUAUCACCACUUGGGAUGAAUGCAAGAAGGCCUUCCUCAACAAGUUCUUCUCAGCUACAAGGACUGCCAACCUUAGAAAUCAGAUCUCUGGUUUUCAACAAAGAGGACUUGAAGGAUUUUUAGACGCAUGGGAGAGAUUCAGAAGCUACCUGUCUCAAUGUCCUCACCAUGGCUUCAACAAUGAGAGCUUGCUAAGCACUUUCUACAGAGGAGUCUUGCCUAAAUUCAAAAGCCAGCUUGACACUGCAAGCAAUGGAAACUUCUUGGGGAGGACUGUGGAAGAUGCUUUAGAACUCUUGGAGAACAUGACACAGAGUGACUCUGUCUACAAUGAUGAAUAUGAUAGAAGAGACAGAGGUGGUGGAGGAGAAGAUAUGACCACAAAGAGAGAGCUGAAAGCACUUCAAGACAAGAUUGACAUGCUACUAUCAGAAAAGACCAAGAAAGAGGAGUUACAUAUGGUUGCUGAAGUUGAUAGAGUAGAAUGCCAAGAAGAUAUGUACUAUGUCAAUGCUCAGGGUACAUGGUACAAGAAGGAGCCUGACUAUCAAUACCAGAACAACUACCAACAGAAACCCUUCUACAACAACCAACAGAAGCCAUUCAACAACUACCAGCCAAGACCAUUCUACAACAAUCAGCCUAAGCCAUUCUACAACAACAACCAAGGUGGUUACCAACCCAAACAGAACUUCCCUCCUGGAUUCUCACCAAAACCAAGUCAACCUGCACAAGACCAAGCUGGAUCAUCAACACAACCUCCACAAGAGAGUAGUACUGAAGCUAUGCUGAAACAAUUAUUGGAGGGACAAGCAAGAAGUGAGAAACAAUUAGGGUAUGAGCUGAAAAAUCUCCACAACAAGAUUGAUGGGAAUUACCAUGAUCUAAACAACAAGUUCAAAGCCUUGGAGAACCAGUUUGUCUCUAUGACAGCCAGCUCAAGUCGCCAACAAGGUUCCCUACCUGGAAAGCCUGAACAAAACCCAAAGGAGACAAUAAAGGCAAUCACCCUAAGGAGUGGAAGAGAGUUGCCUCCUAAAGUUCUCAUUAAGGAUAAUGAGAAACAAGGUGGGGAGGUGGUCAUCAAUGUAGAUGAUGAUGUGGUGAUUGUGGAUGAGAAGACUAAUGAGGAAAUCUUGGAGAAGAUAGUUGAAGCUAAGGGCAAGAGAAAGAUUGGAGAGGAGAAAGUUGAGAACAAAAAUGAGGCUGCUACAUCAACAAAGGAGAAAUUGUUCACUCCUCCUCCCUAUGAGCCAAAGCUUCCCUUUCCUGGAAGAUUCAAGAAGCAACUCCUAGAGAAGUACAAAGCCUUGUUUGACAAGCAAAUGAGUGAAGUUCAUCUCACCAUGCCCAUAAUUGAUGCAUUUAUGCUGGUUCCACAAUACAGCAAGUUCUUGAAAGAUGCUGUAGAACAAAAGAAGAAAGAGAUGGAAGGGAUGGUGAUUCUUACUCAUGAGUGCAGCGCCAUUAUUCAGAGACUGACUGUCCCAAGGAAGCUAGAAGACCCUGGUAGUUUCACCCUGCCAUGCGCCAUUGGACCUUUGACAUUUGAGAGAUGUCUAUGUGAUUUGGGAGCAAGUGUCAGCCUCAUGCCACUAUCCAUUGCCAAGAAGCUUGGGUUUACACAAUAUAAAAAGUGCAAGAUCUCUUUGGUGCUAGCUGAUCGAUCUGUCAAGCUCCCCAUUGGCAUCCUAGAAGAUCUUCCUGUCAAGAUAGGAAAUUGUGAAGUGCCUACUGACUUUGUAGUGCUUGAGAUGGAUGAAGAGCCUAGAGAUCCUUUGAUCUUUGGAAGACCUUUCUUGGCAACUGCUGGAGCAAUGGUGAAUGUGAGAGAUGGCACAAUUGAUCUCCACCUUGAAAAAGAUCACACUCUCCAUUUUGAUAUCAAGGAGAUGAUGAAGAAGCCCACAACUCAAAGAGAAAUAUUCUACAUUGAUGAGAUGGAUGUCUUGGCUGAUGAUUUCCUUGAGGAGUUAGCGAUUGAGGACUCUCUUCAACAUGCCCUGACCAUUGAAAGAGAGACCCAAAUGAUUGAAAACAAGGAGAGUGAUGAGCUAGUAAGAAGGCUAGAUGUUCACCUUGAGGAGGAUGGAGAAGAUGAGUUCAUGGAGUUGCCACAAGUGACUCAACAUGCUGCCUCAGCAGACAUUCAAGAGAACCUCCAUGAAGCUGAUUGGAGUGAGCUCAAGGCACCAAAAGUGGAGCUUAAACCUCUUCCCGAUGGUGUAAGGUAUGCUUUCCUUGGACCUAAUGAGACAUAUCCUGUCAUUGUGAGUAGUGAGCUGACUGAGAAUGAAUUGUCUAUGCUUUUAAAUGAACUUAAAAAGUAUAGAAAAGCACUAGGAUACUCACUUGAUGACAUUAAAGGAAUCUCACCAUCUUUGUGCAUGCAUAGGAUACAUCUAGAGGAUGAAUCUAAAACUUCAAUUGAACACCAAAGAAGAUUAAAUCCUAAUUUGAAAGAUGUUGUUAAAAAAAGAGAAUCAAAUUGUUAGAUGCUGGUGUGAUCUAUCCUAUCUCUGAUAGCAAUUGGGUUUCACCUGUGCAUGUAGUUCCUAAAAAGGGUGGCAUAACAGUUGUUAAGAACGAAAAUGAUGAGUUAAUACCAACAAGAACAAUAACUGGACAUAGGAUGUGCAUUGACUAUCGAAAACUGAAUGCAGCCUCUAGAAAGGAUCAUUUCCCUUUACCAUUCAUUGAUCAGAUGUUAGAGAGGCUAGCUAACCAUC